AUGAGUGGAACAGAAGCACCACCGUCGGGAGCUACUACUAAUGACCCGAGGGUGGAUGGUAUUUUAGAGGCGCCGACCCAAGUGGGAGCAUUGAUGGCUCAGCAGGCACAACAACAGGUUGCGGUUAAUGCUGGUGGGGGUGAGCGUCGUACCCAAGGACUAAUAGAACAAUUUUUAAAGUUGAAACCUUCCAAGUUUACGAGAACUGGAAAGCCUGAAGAGGCGGAACAAUGGAUCGAGGAAAUGGAAAAAAUAUUCAGGCUAUUGAAUUGUACUGAUGUAGAUAAGAUGACCUUGGCAGAGUAUCGGACGGAUGGGAAUGUCAUGUAUUGGUGGCAAGCAAUGAAGGACACGGUAUUCCUUGCAGGAAUAGUGAUAGUUUGGGAAAAUUUUGUCACUACCUUCUAUGAGAAGUAUUUCUCGAGAUGUGCUAGAGAUAGAAAGUCGACAGAGUUUGUGGAAUUGAAGCAAGGCGAAAGGACAGUAGAUGAGUAUGAUGCGAAGUUCUCAUAA